AUGACGAAUGAAGAUGAUUUGCAUUUCAUGAAGAUUGCAAUUGAACAAGCAAAUCUUUCAGUACCAAUUGAAACAGCAUAUUGUGUAGGAGCUGCAUUAGUUAAAAACUCUCGACUUCUUUCUACCGGAUAUUCUCGUGAAUUAGAAGGAAAUACGCAUGCAGAAGAAUGUGCGUUGAAAAAAUUAUCAGACAUAAAGGAAGCGAAUGGUGCCAUAAUGUAUACUACUAUGGAACCUUGUAGUAAAAGGUUAUCUGGUAAUAAACCUUGCGUUGAACGUAUCAUAGAAGCAGGAAUUAAAAAGGUUGUAAUGGGUAUUAAAGAACCUGACAAAUUCGUAAAAUGUGAAGGAAUUUCUAUCUUACAAGCGAAUGGGAUUGAAGUUGUAAAUGUUUCAGAAUUGGAAGAAGAAUGUAAAAAAAUUAAUUUAAAAUAUUAA